UGGCUUGCCGAACAACCUCCUCGUAGUGCCAGCUGGGUGGUUCGGGAUUUUCCCGUUCCAGCAAAUGGUUCGGCGGCAGUGUUCCAGGACGUGGUGGGUUUUCGCCUGGCAAGCGUUCCCCCUAUAAAAAGCCACAUAUGUCCGUUUAACAACACUGUGACGUGGCGGACGUGACUCGCCACUAAAUAAAGUCACUGCCGCUUGCUUCGUCCUGGCGAAGCAUUGUAUUCCAGCAACCUUAUGCUGUACUUCGGGGGAGCAUUGGGCCCCUGUUUGACAAAGGAACAAACAAAAGGCGUAUGAACUGAGCAAUCAGUCACCGGCUCCCAAUGGGCGCGAUCCCCUGAAUUCGCUCCGCUGCCUUUCGGGCAGGCUAUUCAGCCAAAGGCUCGGGGUGGUGUCCCCUAAAUCAACACCCUACUUCGGCUUGGGCAACCGGGUAGUAUCUCGCCCUCUGAGGAAACCAUGGACAUUGGUGGCGACCUGCUUCUACAGUAAGUGGCCGGAAGUCCAUUUGUGUGGAGAGGUGACUACUGCCAGCAUUAUUCGAUGGCUGAAAUAUAUGUUCUCCCGCUUCGGAUUACCAGAGGAGAUAGUGACGGACAACGGGCCGCAGUUUACAAGCCAUGAGUUUCAUUCGUUCCUUCAACUUCACGCUAUCCGACACUCACGUACAACGCCGUAUAAUCCAGCGGCAAAUGGCAUGGUAGAGCGGUUCAAUCGAUCCUUGAAAGAGAGUAUCCAAGCUAUUCGCUUAUCUGGUACAGGUUGGGAGGAUGCAGUUCUACAAGCACUAUUUUCUUACCGAACCGCACACCACCGAGCUACAGACAAAACGCCAGCUGAACUCAUGCUUGGGCGUGUCCUUCGGACAAAGUUGAAUGCCGCACUUCCAAUUCCUGCAACCAAUAAUUCUGACGAGUUAGAUCGUCGCCAUCGAUAUCAGACCACUUACCAGAAGCAUACUACGCCGCUCCAGCCCGGAACAUUCGUGCGCGUGAAGGUAAACGCUGCAUCAAAAGGACAACCCACGUUAUCAGAUCCGAUAAGAAUAAUGCAUGCAUGUGGGCCAGGCACUUACCGGCUGGAGGAUGGCCGAACAGUCAACUCCCGGCGAUUAUUCACAAGUAUCAGACGAACGAGGCAAAUACCACCAAACUUCACUGACGAGCCAACGCAAAGCACGCAGCUCCGCAGGACGAGCCGAGAACAAAGACGACCGUAUCGAUAUGGUUUUGACGCCUCAUACGAUUAAGCGGAGAGGUGAUGUUGUGUAUUCUGUCAGCUGUCUGGGCGUCUAGUCUAGACAGACACGUGCAUACAACCCAGACACACACACACACACACACAAAGCGUCUAAUUCUCUACUUCCUUAUUGGUUCAUCCUUCUCCUUGCGAAACCUUAUUGUACUCACCCAGUUAGACAUUGUUCAGAAUACAGCAGUCCGUUUCC